CUGCACAGACAUUCUAGUCAGCAAGUCCACUAUGCUUAUCCUGAAUAUAAAGGCGUGUAUAAAGGCUUUGUUUUGUACAUCUGAGGAAAACUGGAGGGCAGAAAGUAAGUGGUGGUAAUUAGGACAUUAACAUUGUUGAAGGCGUUGAAGUGACGUUGGAUAGGUAGAAGUAAUUAGAGAUUAAAAGAUAGGUGGAAGGAAAAGGCAGGGUAAGGGGUGGGGGAGAGAGAGAGGGAGGGAGAGAGAGAGAGGGAGAGAGAGAGGGAGAGAGAGAGACUUAAAACGUCAAUGCAAGCCUCUGCCACUCUGCGUGCGCUGGUAUGUGCAACGCUGAAGGAGUUCACGCGUUAAUCAGGCUUGUCUCUCCCGCGAGGAUCUUUACCGGUGUCAACGCGAGAUAAAGGCGAAGAUGUUUUUUUCUCACAUUUAAGUACAUUAACCCUGUUGAAUGCUGAAGGGGGAACAGAUGAGAUUUGGGAGGCUUGGCUGGCCCCGAAUGGUGAUGCAGUAUCUCUCUUCUACUGAACACACCUAUGGAUUUCUGAUGUACCGGUGGUCCAGCUGAAACGCGAGUUGACGAAUCAGGUGCCAGGUGGCUUUGAAAGGUACGGAGGUGUUGCUUUUGUGCCCGCGCUGGACAUGGGACCUAAUCUUGUCACUUUGGGAUACGGUAACGGAGGAAUUGCGUCUUCCUGAACGGGGAGACAGUCUUCGGACAAUAGCGGGAGACUAACAGACAGCGCGCCGGCGAAAUGCGCACCGACCACGGUUUUAUUCUGCUACUCCUCAACGGGACAGCUUGCCUGCUGGCCCUUGGGCAGGAAGACUCCUCCACUGCCUCCAAGGGCUCCUCAGAGGACCCGUCCAAGACAGUGGGCGUGCUGAGCGGCCAGAGCACCUCCCUGUCCCCCCUGAGCCGCUGGGUCCUGCACAGCAAGAGCCGGGCGGCCAACACCUCGGCCGUGGAGCUGCCCUACCGCUCGCCAGUGCCCUUCUCCAAGCAGGAGUUCUGGGAGAUGCUGGGCAGUGACCUGCUCAAAGCGGCCGACGACCCGCUGGGCGGGGCGCGGGUCAAGCGCCGGCCCAUCGUCAAGACGGGCAAGUUCAAGAAGAUGUUUGGCUGGGGCGAUUUCUACUCCAACAUCAAGACUCUGCGGCUCAACCUGCUCAUCACCGGCAAGAUCGUUGACCACGGCAACGGCACCUUCAGCGUCUACUUUCGCCACAACUCCACGGGCCAGGGCAACAUCUCGGUCAGCCUGGUGCCGCCGGUCAAGGCGGUGGAGUUCGACCUGGAGCGCCAGAGCGUGGUCUACCCCAAGGACUCCAAGAUCUUCAACUGCCGCAUCGACUACGAGAAGGUGGACCGCAGCAAGCGCACGUCGCUCUGCAACUACGACCCGUCCAAGACCUGCUUCCAGGAGCAGACGCAGAGCCACGUCUCCUGGAUGUGCUCCAAGCCCUUCAAGGUCAUCUGCAUCUACAUCUCCUUCUACAGCACCGACUACCGCCUGGUCCAGAAGGUCUGCCCAGACUACAACUACCACAACGAGAUGCCCUACCUGCCCUCGGGCUAAAGGGAGGGGUUGGGGGUGGGGUUGGGGUGGGGAGGGGGAUCAAUCUCCCCCAGGACCUGGAGGAGAGGAGUGGAGAGGAGUGGAGCAUGGACACAAAUCAGGAGUUGAGGAGAGGGGACUGAGACAAGUAGAAAGGGGGAGGCACUGAAAGGCAUGUCUCGAAGGUUGAAGUGAUAAAUUCAGGGAAAGACACACUGGAGGAAAGAGCAACUAUCAGUCCAGAGAGAGAGAAAGGGUGGUCAUUGACACUGCAGCCACCUCACAGCCUUGUAAAACACAGGCCCUCUGUCUCCCUCUGAACUGACCGUAAUGGCUCUCAGAACACG